AUGAGUUCUUUAGUUAAACUCGCUAACUUUUCUAAAAAAAUUGUUCGACCACUCCAAUUAGCUCAACGUUAUAUAUCUACAUCAAACAAAAAUCAAGAAGUGUGUGUUACUAAUGCUGAAAUAACUGAACAAGAACCAGUAAUAAUUUAGAAAUUUAAAAUUUAUAUCUAUCUUUAUUAAUAAUAUAAUUAAUGCAAAAUAAUUAUUUGCAUUACUAUUAUUUUCUUUAAGUAAAUUGUUUAUUAAAUAUAACUAGGUAUCAGGUAUUACUUUAUAUAUUAGAUAGGUUUAGUUUAGAAUUUAGUUGUUUGUUAUUUUGAAAUAGUUUUAUUAUAUUUUGAAGAGGUAUUUUUACUGCAUUAAAUUUAAAAUAAAAAACAUAAUUGGUUAAAAUAAUUGAAAUACACAUAAAGAAAAACAUUGUUAGUUUUAUUAAUGCAGUAAGAUAUUGAAGCAGAAUUUAAAACAUUUAUAAUUUUGUUAAUACAUUCAAAAUAAAUUAUGAUUUCCUGCAAAAUAAUACAAAUAAAUACCUACCUAUGAAUAAAAUUACAAACAUAAAAAAUGCAUAUCUAAAUUAUUAGAAUAAAAAAAAAAAUUAUUUGUUAUUUGUUUAACUUAAAUUAAUUUAAUGUUUUAAAAUAUCUACAAUACAUUUUUUAAUUGUUUAAAGCCCGGUUCACACGAUCAAAUAUUUGGUGAAUGACAAACUUUGAAAAUUGGUUCGGACAAUCAAAUUAUCCAUAACUAAAACUUUGUAGUGAUUGGUCAAAUAUAAUUCGCGUAAAUUUAAAUUUUACAAUUAUCAUAAGUAGUAGAUUAGUAUGUACUAAUUACGAUGUAGAUAAAAUUUCAUCAACAUCAUGGUACUAAUUUAUUAGUAUAUUCUUGCUCUAUGGUAUGUUUAGAUAUAAUAUACAAUAUACAAUGUGUCUCACUAUGUCCAAUCAAUUUUUCUCGCGCAGUUAAUAUUCAAUUUUUUUUUUUCUUAAAUCAGUUUGUCUUGAAGGGAAACAUCGAUUUGGAGAAAAAUUAAAUUUUUAUUCUCGUCCCCUAAAGACAAAAAAAAAAAAAAUUUAUUUAUUCACUUUAGAACAUUUUCAAACUAGCCAUUUUGUAUAAAUAUUAUUCUAAACAUUUUAAUAUAUCACACAUUCAUAUCUGAUGAAUAAUUUCUUAGUUUUAGCCGUUUUAAUUAAGCGUAAAAACAAUUAAUAUCAAUAAGAAAUUAUAUUCGGUACAGUGUAAGUCUCUUUACCUUCUAUUAAAUGUUAAUGAUUUUCACGCCUAUUUUCUAAAAAUUAAAAUAGCUAUCAUUAAAAAACUAUUAAUUAAAUAUGUAUGUAUGGUACAUCAAUUUUUUUUAAAUAAUAUUUUUUACAAAAUGACUUUUUUGAAAAUUUUCUUAAGUGAAUAAAUAAAAAGUAAUUUUUUUUUUAAGUUUAGGGGAUGAAAAUAAAAAUUUAAUUCUUCUCCAAAUCGAUGUCCUCAAAGACAAACCGAUUGAAAAACAAUUUAAUAUUAACAGCGCUAAUAUGAGACGUUGGGAUAUAUUGUAUAUACAUAUUGUAGUUUCAUACAUAUCUACAUCAGAGCUACAAUGAGUUACAACUGUGAAAAAUUAAUAAAACAAUAUAAAUAAUGGAAACUAAGGAAAUUGUUCUAAAAAAUAUUUAAAGAAUCUAUUAAAGAGAUAUCUAUCUCUAGAGAGAUCUAUUGAAUUUACUAUAAUGUGUGUGUAUUACAAUUAAAGACAUUUCCUUGUAAUUUUAAAUAUGUGUUCAUUGUACACUUUAUAUAAUAUAAUAUAAUAAUUUAUUCUCCCAAGAAUGCAUAAAUGUAAAUAGUUCAUGACCACCAGUUUUUAGUGGUACCUACUCUGAUCUGCUCAUUGUUCAGUCUAGCAAUAAUACUUACUGUUAUUUUCUUCAUCGAAGAGAAUAACAGUAAUGGAAAACUUAUUUUAUUUUAUCUAUAAUAUUCUAGAGCCGUAUAUGUAAUAAAUAAUAAUUAAAAUUGAAUUACAAAUGAUAAUGCCUUUGUAUAUAAUAUGUACUUUAAUUAUAUUUCAGAAACAUGAUAUACAGAGAUAACAAUUUAGAUUGAUAUCUAGUAAUCCAAUAUUUGAUAAAACUGUCAAAUAUUUUAAAAAUGUUUCUAAAAUAUUUGAUUGUAUGAGCCUGAGCUAAAUUUAGGAUUUUUUUUACGUUUUUAAAAAAUAAAUUUUAUAUGUACAAAAUAAUGAUAUCUUUAGCAAGGUUAUAAAACAUUUGAUUAAGUGUGGUUGGAUAAAGUGGAGAGAAGCCUUAGGUAUUUGAUAUAACAAGAGAAUUACAAUAAGGUUCAGAGGUAAAUUAUACAAAACUAAUGUACAGUUAGGUGUGUUAGGUAGAUAGAAAAUAAAACAAAGAAUGAGUGUAGCAGUGAUGAAAAUGCUUAUAUGGAAGAGUGAAGUGACAAGUGAAAAUAGUAGAAGUCUUUGAUUUGGCAUAACUUUGAUAGUAGACAAAAUGAGAGAAAAUAGACCGAAAUAGUUUGAACAUGUGAUGAGGAGAAAGUAAUCAAAAGCAGUAAAUAUGAUAAUGAAAAUAAACAUAAACAGAAAUAGAGGAAGAGUAGACCAAAAAGAGUUGGUUAGAUUUGAUAUGAGGAUAAUGGGUGUAUGUAACAACAAUGUAGGAGUGCAAAAUUUAAAAUCUAGGUAGUUGACCUCAAAUAAUUGGGAUGAAGACAAAAUAGCAAAAGAAGUUCAAUAAUAUACUAUUAUCUAACAGAUUCAGUUUUUUUAUUUUAUCCAAUUGUUUUAUUAAAUAAUACAAAUAAGUUAAUAUUUACCUUACAUAUUGUAAGGUAUAUAUUAUAUAUUAUACAUAUAUUUACCUUAUAUAUUAUAAUAUAAUUUUAAGAAAAUUAAAUAUUUAAUUUAUAAUUACAGAAUUCAAUAAAAAUUUCUAAUUAUGAAUUUAAUUUCUGUUUAGCCAAAACGCAACUGGCAGUCAUAUGGUUUUGAUAAAGAUGAUGAGACGGAGGACUUAAAUGCUAUGCAUUCUACAGGAUUCUUUUCAAUUACUUUGUGUAUAGUAGGUGGUAUAUUUAUGUUCGCAUAUAUGCCGGACUAUAAUUAUAAAAACUGGGCAGAAAGAGAAGCUUUUCUUGAAUUAAGAAGAAGGGAAGAUCUAGGUUUACCACUUAUUGAUCCUAAUUACAUAGAUCCUAGUUUAAUAAAGCUACCUAGCGAAGAAGAGUUGGGUGAUACUGAAAUAGUAAUUUAACAUUUGUUCAGUUGGUAAAAAAUAUACCUAUUGUCAUGUUUAGUGAAUAGAAUAAGAUAAUUUGAAAUUAAAAGAUACCAAAAAUUUCCUUGUAUUAUAAUUGUUUUUAUUUUCCAAAUCAAUAGACAACUUGUUUUAUAUUUCUUUGAAAUAAUACUUUUGUUUAUAUUUUAUCAUAUUAUGAUACAUUUCUGUUAUACUUAAUUUUAUUGUUUUAAUAUAACUAUUACAUUAAAUCCAUUUUUACUUAGUACCUAUAUACUACACAUUAAAAUAAUGUUUCUGUUUAAUAAAUUAUAAAAUGAAAAUCUAAAGCACAUUGUCAAAUCAAAUUAAUUACAGUUAAUAAACUAUAGGUAAGUAGUUGAAAUUAUAACUAAAUAAUAUAAAUAGUAUGAUUAAUACCUUUUAUGGAAUCAUCACACAUGUAUGAUGUAUCUCAUAUUAUUUUGAUCUAUUUUAUUUCUAUAUUUAUUAUAACUAGGGACUGGAUUUAUAUUAUCUUAUAAUCCACAAAAAGACACUUUAAAACAUCAAAAAAAUCUCUGAAAAAAGCAUUAAAAAACAUUUAAAAAAACAAAAAUGAUAAAAGUCUAAAAGUCUCCCCCAAUAAUAUCUCUAACAUAUUAAAUUAAAUUUCCUAACACUGCAAAAUAAUUUAUUUAAAUAUAAUCUUCAGAAUUAUAAAAAAAAAAAUACUUUUUAUUAAUCAUUUAUGUGGUUAGAAAAUUGUUUUUUAUAAAUUAAAUCUGUUAGUAGGGGUACUAUUAAACCUCUAUUUUUUUUUUUUUGCGUUUCUAUACAUAUUUUUAAGUGAUUUUUAUCAAGGCUCUUUUUGGCUGUUUCAAUUGUUUUUCAGUGGAUUUUGAGAACAUAUAAGUGCGGUCUCUAAUUAUAACAUUCUGUAUUAAAUAUAAUAACAUUUAAAACUCGAAUAUUAUAACAGUUUUAUCAGCGAACUGAUUAAUAAAACUACAGGUAAAAUCAGGAGAGUAGCAAGAGUUCUAUGAAGGCACAGGGUCAGAAAAAUUAUCAUGAUCCCUACCACGGGGUUGCACAUUGCUAUCCCUUCCAUAUAAAAUUAUGAUUCGGUUAUUGUAGCUAUAACAGAAAAAUUCCGCCCCAUAUGCAUACGUCCAACAAUAUUGCAACAACCUAUAACAACAAUACGGAACAUUCAAAUUUAAAUUUUAUGAAAAUUUAGUUUAUUUUUUAUAUUAAUAUGAGAAGGAGGCAAUUUUCUAAAAAUUGUAAUGCUGAAACCAAAAAAGAAAAUAUAAUCAAAAAAAAGGUUUCAAAGUUAACGUUAAAUUAGAUGUUAUUUAACCUUAUUCAUAGUACACACUAAGUACAAGCAUUUUUUUUCUUUAAGAUGAAAUGUACAAUUACAUUUAUUUUAAUUUUUACUAUACUACAUUCAUUAUGUUAUAAUAUAUUAUAUUUAUGCCUAUUGUUAUAUUUUCAAACAAAUUAAGAUGUAUUCUGACAAUGAUGAAGUAUAAGUUAGUGUGGUUAACAACUUCUUCAAAUAAAAUAAUUAUUAAUGAGAACAAAAUUUUCUGAUUUUAUUUCACUAUUUUAAUUUCUGGUACCUACAGUUUUGAAUAAAAAAAAAAUUAAUGCGUCAAUACAAUAGUUUUAUAGAUAUUUUUUUUAAUUAUAUACCUACUAGUUAUAUUUUCUAAUUUAUUAAUCCAUACUUUAUUUUAUAAUACCAUGCAUACAUUAAUAAAAUAGUUCAUUUUAUCCUGGUCUAGAUAAAUUAUUUUAGAUAUUAAUAAAUACAUAUUCAACUAAUUAUUAGGUAUAUCAUAUUUUACUACAUACCAAAAAAAAUAGACUGCUACUAUUAUUUUUAAGAAAAGAUUUUUUAAAGUUUUGUUUCAUUUAAUUUGAACAAGUAUGUACAAUACCUAUAUAUAAUUGCAAUAUGUUGUACUAUAUUUUCUAAUGAACCUAUAUAUAAUGAAUAUUUGUAAUAAAUAUUAUAACUCAUUAUUACUUAACCUUAAUAAAAAUACUGCAUCAGACUACUAAAAUAAUAUAUUCAAUAUUAUGAUUUAUGAAAGGUUGACAAUAAUUAUUAACUAUAAUAAUGACUCAUAUUUUAUUUGAAUAUGUCAUAUAUUAAUAUUAAUUGUAUAACUGUUAUUAUAUCAUAAAACAUGAUAUAAUAUUAAUGAUAUCAUAUCGAACAACUUAAAGUUUGCAAAUUUAGAAGCAUUCAGUGUUGCCAGGUUAAAUAGACUAAAUGUUCGGAUAAAUAUCGUAGAAUGUUCGUAUUGGUUCGUACUGUAGACAAUUUUUGAUCGCAUUGCUCAAAGUCAAAACAUAACUCCAAAAAUAUUAUUUUUUAUAUCAACAACAUUUCGUUUUAAAUAUCUUAUGUACUAAUCCAAAAAUUUUUUAACAAACUUGAUAUACAUACAUAGACCUAUAAUAGUAUAAACAUAUUAUCAGGUCUAUGAUAUGUAUAGUCAUAAAUAAUAAAACAAAUGAAUUGACCUUUUAUAACAAUAAAUUGUAUGCAAGUGAUGUACGUGAAGUGGAAAUAAACUGAGGCAAUGUAUUAGUUGUUCUCGUGAUAUAUAAAUAUAGUGAUAAAUUACUUCAGUUUAUUGCUCUUCUGGGGACCUCGAGAAAACGGUUUUGGCCUACUCAUAUCUUUAUUAUAUCCAUAUAUUUAUACCCUGUCGAACUUAAAAGCAUACCCCAUAGAUAAAGGAAAGAUAGAUAAUCGACUUGAAAUAAAUUUUGGUCUCCUUAUGUAACUCCCUUUGAUGACAAUUGUUUGUUACUACGUUGACUAAUUGAUUCUAUAACCGUCUCUUGUUUUUAUAGUCUGGUCUGUAAGUGAUAAAUUGUCAAACUGAUAAAGGUUUUUAAAAUUUAAAUAUCACCAUUAUUAUGGCAGAUUAGCUACUUCAGAUAUCGAAAAAGCUGAACUUUUUAAGGAUCAUCUUGUUAAUACAUUUCAACCACACGCUGAUAUUAUAGACGAUGAAAACAUGAAUCUAGUCGAAACGUUCUUAAAUACCCCCUCACAAUGUCUCUCCCUGUCAAGUAAUUUACACCCAAUGAUGUUAAAUAUGCUAUACAAAAAUACUCACCAAAAAAAUCACCAGGCUAUGAUUGCAUUACUGCAGAUGUAGCCAGAUCCCUUCCACCUAGAACCAUCGUUUACAUCAUUCAUAUAUUUAAUGCUUCACUUAGACUUUCUUAUUUUCCCCUACUGUGGAAAUUCGCAUCUAUAAUCUUAUUUCCAAAACCAAAAAAACCACUAGACAUACCAUCAUCACACUAUCCAAUCAGCCUUCUCUCUUUCUUCGCCAAAAUAUUUGAACAGUCAAUUCUGAAACGAAUUCUCCCGAUAAUUACUGAAAAAAAUAUUCUUCCAAAUUCCCAAUUUGGGUUUCGCGCUUCUCACUCGACUAUUCAUCAAGCACACAGAGGUGUUGAUUCCAUUUCGUAUUCCCUGGAAAAAAAACUGUAUUGUAAUUGCGUUUUUCUAGACAUCUCACAAGCCUUUGACCGCGUAUGGCACGAUGGGCUUCUGUAUAAACUUAAGAAAUUCCUUCCUCCCACCUACUACUUACUCAUCAAAUCCUAUUUAACUGAUCGUCAUUUUCAAAUACGCUACGGUUUUCUUCUAUCUGACGUAGCAGCUUUAAGUGCUGGUGUUCCCCAAGGGGGCAUUAUGUUUUACAUUCUGUACAAUAUUUUCGCUUCUGACCAACCUACUACCCCCAACACAUCAGUAGCAGACUACCCUGACGACAAAGCAUUAAUAUAUAUUGACAAUGACCCACUCAUAGCGUCAAAUAAUCUCCAAACUCAUCUUAACAUCAUGGAAAAAUGGUUUACCAACUGGCGAUUCAAAGCAAAUCUGUCCAUACGACCUUUACCUUCCAACAUGCUCCUUGUCCUAGAGUUCUUCUUUACGGUAUUCCUAUCCCCUUCUCUCUAAAAAUCAAAUAUCUCGGGAUCACUCUCGACCAAAGACUAACCUGGGCUCAUCACAUUAGAAUCAAAAGAUUAGCACUGAAUCAUCGUCUCCGUAUCUUAAAACUAAUCAAGCAAUAAUAACUCCACCUCCAUUGAAACCAAACUCCUGAUCUAUAAAACACUUCUCAAACCCAUAUGGACAUACGGACUCCAACUUUGGGGCAACGCUAAAAAGACUAACAUACUAAAAAUACAAACAUUCCAAAACAUCGCUCUCCGGAAAAUAUUGAACGCCUCACCUUACGUGUCUAAUCACUCCCUUCAUACUGACACCAAACUCAAAACAAUUAACGACGAAGCAAAAGCUUUUUAUAAAAGAUUCUAUUCCAAACUUAACAACCACCCUAACGAACUUAUAAAAAACUUGGUUACUCCCACCAUACCUGAAAAUCCCCCGAGACGCCUGAAGCAUAAGUGGUGUCGUGAUCUUUUAAGAUAA